CUGAGGACCAGAAGUAAUGAGGAGGAGAGCUAUCUCCCCCUCAGUUGGAUUGGAUAGGGAACCAAAUUGAUCCGUCGCUGGAGAUGGUGGCUUAGAGAUGGACAUGCUAAGUGACCUUAAGUCCAUGCAGUUUGAGUAUGGGAUUGAAGAGGAAGACCGCUGCUGGCUGUAUUUGCAGGGCCGUUAUCAGGGGCGGAUGACCGAGGCCUGUGCCCAUGCAACCUUCCUCUGCAAGCUACUCCAUAAUUUGAGAAAAUUAAUAUAUGAGACGCAGACUUCCAGAUAUCGCUCCAUUGGAUCGCAUUACACCCUUCCUAAAGAUGAGUUAAAGGUGGGCAUCAUUGGAGGCGGCCACCUUGGGAAGCAACUGGCUCACGUACUGCUUCAUCUUGUCCCCAUCCCUCCUGAGAGGCUGUGGAUCUCCACUCGGAGGCCAGAGGCCCUGGAGGAGUUCCAGAAGCUGGGGAUCCGGUGCUUUUACCAUAACGCCUAUCUGGUGGGUUGGGCCGACGUGGUAUUCCUCUGCUGCCUGCCAUCUCAGCUGCCUAAUAUCUGCGCAGAAAUACACACCAGCUUUAAAAAAGACUGCAUUGUGUACAGCUUCGUAGCUGCCAUCCCAAUACCCAGGUUGAAGAGGCUGCUGGACCACAGCAAUAUCUUGCGGCCUCACUAUCAGUGUGUUGAAGGUUUUGCUAACAUCUGGCAGUCCAACAGGGAAAUCACUGCUGCUCUCCAAGAUCCUGUGAUUCUUCAGGCUACCUGCCCCUACAACCCUGCUGGUGGGAUAAUCCUCAAUAUCAAGUGGUUGGAAGGAGUGUUCUACGCAGCCUUGAACACCUGCACAGCAAAGGACCUGCCCCAUGCACUAACGAUGCAGCUUAUGAAUGAGCUGUUCCUCUCUGUGCACUCUGACAACUGUGGGGAAGAUGAAGCAUCGUGCCCAAAACUCCUAUUACAAGACUUUGUCAGCCAAGUCUAUGCCAAGGGCCUGCCUCAGAGAAGGCCUCUACCCUGGUUUGAUCUGACUGCUGUGCAACUGAGGGACACUCCCUUUAGCAGGAAGCUCUUAACCUGUACUGGUCUCCAGGACCACAUUAUCCACCUCUACUGUAAUGAAUUUGGCUUCGCCUUAACCAAAGAACAACAGCCAGUGGUUUCCACAAGCUCUAUGUUCUAAUAAGAGAAGACACCGCAGGACUCAGGAUUCUUCCUCUCUCUACAAUGGUCAUACCCAGAUCAUCACAACUGACAGUGGGGACUCAUGGAACUGUUUGCCAAUAGUUAGGCACGAAGGAAUUAGAAAAUGAUACUGAUGGCUCUUUAUAAUGUAGAUUAAAACAAGAGGUCCUUUA